AUGAGUGAAUCCUCAACCAUCACAUACCCAACUUCGUUGGACACCCUCUAUAACGAGACAUCACCGCUGAGGGAGCAGUAUGAUUCUGUCAAAUUGGAGGAUGCGCAGAUCGUCCCGAUCCUCGAGCUUCCUCUGGCGCUAGAAGUGCUAGGAUGCAACUCGGCAGAUUCAAGCGCCAUUGACCGAGUGUCCGACGGCGAGUUAUGCUACACUACCUUCGUGACUGAGAAGGCCAAGGCCGUCUCUCAGAUGCCCCUUGACGGACUUUCGCCAGCACAGCAGCAGUCUCAGCUUCUCCAUAUCGGUCUCGCAGCUUUGUUCAGCUUUCUGCAAUCUAACAUUACCGGUCCUCCAUUAGGUUUCAACCCCGCAGAAGUGGUCCUUCCCUCUGCUCUUCGUUCCGAUGCGGCAAAGCUCCGGGCUGUUCGCAGCCACAUUAUUCGGGAGCUCUCGGUAGAUGGUGAGGCGGCUUACAAGCUGACACCGAAUGUCGAACUUUUCGCUUUGGCAAAGGCUUUGCUUGUGGAUGCUGGUAUUCUGAUUGAUGGCCCAUUGAUGGCGAGGGCGGCGAGGUUGCGUGUCAAUUUUCUUCACCAGAAGAUGCUGUCGGAACCUACAAGCACACUACAGGAUGCUAUCUACAAGGACUUGGACGUGUUGAGCAACAUGCUCAUCGGAGAAAAGUCUGUCUUCUCUACCGCACAAGAGAAGGGACGGUUCCUGCUUGAGAGAGCGAUGAUCCAUACACACCAUGGCUUCGACGCCAAAGCUCGCGCCGACCUUGAACAAGCUGCCGCUGUCAGAGGAUUCGAGUUUGCAUUGACAGGAAGACUUGGUAAAAGGACGAAGUUUCAGGAACGUGAUGUCAGCCAGCUGGUCGUUCUCGCGAAGAGUGCCGAGCGUCUGAAGAGCACAGGGAAUGCUGCGCUCCCAGAAGAGACGGAAGACACAAAACAAGCGGGACCCAAGAACUUGGAACUUAACGAUGACACCCUUCUUGAGAGCAUUUCCUUUACCAAGAGUGAUGAAACAUCCCAAGAUAAGUCGAUGACGGUCCAAGAGGAAUCUACGCUUCCUCCAGCAUUGCAAUCCCUGGAUCCCGGUAACCAGCCACUUCUUGAUCCUGUCGACUCCGCUAUUCUACUGGGGCUGGCAUCUGCCAUCACCAACACUUCACCGGAGAACGGUUUGACCCGAGAAGAGACUCACCCAUAUGCCGUUCGUGUACUGGAGGGUGGAAGUUCGAACUGGCAAAUCUACACUCAAGCUUUGUUGGUUCGGAGUCGGGUGGAAGGCUACCGUUCUCGAACGGUAGAAAGAGCUGUGCUGCAGAUGCAAGCUCUAGUCGAUCAGGUCAUCGCAGACACCGCUAGUCUUGAUACUCAGGCGACCGAAAAUACCGAACAACCCACCACCUUCCUCCCAAGACCUGAGAAAUCUGAAUCGGCUUCGGCAGCUGAGAGACUGGAAUAUAUUUGGAUCUUGAGUUCUCCUACUCGAUGGAGCCUUGAGGCCGAGCUGGCUCAGCGAUGGGUCGAUCUUGGAGGCCUGCGGACCGCGCUGGAGAUCUAUGAACGGCUGCACAUGUGGGCAGAGGCUGCUCUUUGCUACGCUGCAACAGAACGGGAAGAAAAGGCCAAGCACAUCGUCCGCAGACAGCUUUACCAACCCACUGGCACAGAUCCCGACGAUGAGAAUGAGAAGUUCGACGGACCCGAGCUGUCUCCUCUUCCAGCCGAUGCUCCUCGGUUACUAUGUAUCCUGGGUGAUAUUGAGUCGGAUCCCUCACUAUAUGAACGUGCAUGGGAGGCGUCAAAUCACAGAUACGCGCGUGCUCAACGGUCGUUGGCCCGUCACUACCUCGCAUUAAGGCCUCCUGCUCUCGACAAGGCAGAGGAAGCCUAUCGCAAGAGUCUUCAUGUCAAUCGUCUCAACCACGGCGCUUGGUUCGCUCUUGGUUGCGUACAACUCGAGCUAGAGAAAUGGGAAGACGCCAUUGACUCAUUCACACGGACCGUUCAGCUGGAAGAUAACGACGCUGAAGCAUGGAGUAACCUUGCCGCCGCAAUCCUGCGCACCCCGAAACCCGGCGAGACCACGGAGAUAGCGGAGGCGCCCCAGCAAUCAAGCGCUGACACUGACGUCGACGCCGACAGCGACUCGGAACCUGCUAAAGCACCAGAGGCCCCUUACAAGCGGAAGCGUGAAGCCCUUGCUGCCCUCCACCGCGCCGCACAACUCAAGCACACCGAUGCUCGCAUUUGGGACAACGUCCUGACCGUCGCCGCCUCAAUUCCUCCCCCAGCCACACCAUUCCGUGACGCCAUCACGGCUCAGAGACGGGUCAUCGAACUACUUGGCGCCAAGAAUGGUGAAAAGAGCGUCGAUAUCCCGAUCCUCAGCAUGUUGAUCGAUCACCUUGUCAGCAGCUACAACUACGAAGAUCUUGUGAUCAAGGUCGACGAGAAGGACGAGAAGUCAGAGCAGGUUGUCCGCAGUGGUACCAUUCCAGGCCAGAUCCUUGCUCUGGUCGAUCAGUGCGUCGUGCCGCUAAUCACUCACUCUGCGCCGCUUUGGCUGCUCGUUGCCCGCGUCGAGCAAUUCCGCGAACAACCAUCUAAGGCCUUCGAGGCGCAUGAGAAAGCCUGGCGUGCUACGGUGGCUUCCUGCACGCAGGGUGCGUUCCAGAUGGGCGACGAGAAGAAGUGGAUGGAUGUCGUGCGUGCCACGGAGAGACUUGUGCGGGAUGGCUAUGCCAAGUUCGGGCCCAUGGACAAAGAGGGACAGCACGAAGGAGAACCCGAGAUGGUGGCCAAAGACUGGCGUUUCAAGGCUCGCAGUGCCGUGAGAGGCAUCCUGGGCAAAGGAAAAGAUUUCUGGGAAGAUUCUGAGGGAUGGAAUCGUCUGAAGGAGCUGCAGACCGAGGUUGGAAGCUCCUAG